UCGUACUUUCUUCGCAUUUGCAGAGAGCGAGCGCGAGAGCGAGAGAGAGAGAGGAGAAUCUGAUAUAACAAAUUGGUUUAGAGAGAGAAAAGAGCAAUGAGGAUUUCUCUCCUCCAUAGAAUUGUUCGUGGCAGAGGCUCGACUCGCAUGUGCACUGCAUUUCUCCACUCUUCUUCAUCUACUCCUUUUAUCCCACCAACAAAUAUUCCAUGGCGCCCCUCCUACUCUUUCGAACAUCAUUAUUCCUUCCCCUCUUCCUCUUCCUCUUCCAUUAUUAACCCACGCCUCUCUUUCACUUCCCCACCUCAUAGAGCCUUGUGUUCUUCCACUUCUGGUACCUCAGAUAUAGUGACUAUAAAAUCUGAUGAAGAGUUUGAAAGCUCUAUAAAAAAGGUUCAAGAUGACAGUCUGCCUGCAAUUUUCUACUUUACUGCAGUAUGGUGUGGACCUUGCAAGUUCAUUUCACCUAUCAUUGAAGAGUUGAGCAAAAAGUAUUCACAUGUCAAAGUUCAUAAGGUUGAUGUGGAUCAGGAGGGUCUUCAAGACACACUAAGCAAGUUACAGGUCAAUUCAGUGGUGGAUUUAAUUUCCCACCUUUCAUUCCUGCAUCAAAUAGUAUCAAAGCUUAGGUUUGGAGACGGUUAGAGAUUGCGAUAGCUGGUCGUGGAGGUUUUAGCCAUAGGGAUGCUAAUUGGAUUGGAUUACGCAAGGAAAUCGACAACUUGAUGCAGAUGGUUCCACAACGAUUGUGCUAUCGAGACUAGCAACAACAUGCCCUAAACGAAGAUGAAUCUAUAGGGAUAGAUCCAAAUCGUGAGGGUUUUUCUGGAGAUUCAUGUGUAUCAGAGUUGCACAAUGGCAUAGACGAGAGCAUAAUUUUGAAGGAGAACAACAUGGAUCCAAUCUUCAUUAGGAUUCAAUAUUCUUUAAAUCAGUGGAUAAUGCUCAUAUCUUUGAUAGUGAUCCUAUUUUUGAUAAAGAACCUGGUGAUCCAAUAUUUGAUGGUGAUCUUAUAUUGAUGAAACAUUGGAUGAAAACGAAGAACUUGGAAUUUCUAUCUAUGAUGAAGAAUAAGUCGCAGGUGAUAGUGAUGGUCGUCGCAAUGAUGGUAAUGACUAUGAUAGUGAUGGUGGUGAAGAGUUAAAAGAGGAUGCAAUUGGUGGCAAUGACAAUAAAGAGCUCUUUCUCUAGUCAGUGUUGAGGCUGAACUUUCGUAUUUCCAAUUAGAGGAUUCCAUCCCACAAAGGCAUGUUACUAUAGCUGGGUGCAGCAAAAUCCUUAUGAACUUGUUUAAGGACAUUUUCGGGGAUAUUUUUGUCCAUGCUAAUAGUCCAUAUGUCUCAGGAUCAAGCCCCACAUCGAUGCGCAAUAUUCAGGUUGAAAGAUACCUUGUGUUUAGAGGAGGAUUCAUAUUAACCAUUUCAAAGCUCCAGAGUGACUUUUCUCCAACUAGGGGAAGAAUGAUGGAUCAAGAGCUAGGUGAUUAAAAAAUGUAAUUUAAUUUUUUCGUGGAUGUCGGUGUACGCUUUAUUCAUUUUUGUUAGGGUUUAAUUUUUUAGGACUUAUAAUGAAAUGGGUUUAAUCCCCAACACUUAGUUUCUGAGUUUUUUUAUUUGCUUUUGUUACCAUUCAUUGUUACUAUUAAUGGGUUAAUGUUCACAGGGGUAUUUCUGAAAUUAUGAUAUUGUUCAGGGUUAUUUUAGAGUUUUAAAUUGUUUACUUGGAUCUUAAGUUAAUUUUAGGGUUUGUUAGGCUUAUAAAAGGUGGGACGUCACAUUACAGGAUGCUUAUGUUAUUUGAACUUCACAUUACAAGAUGCUUAUGUUAUUGAAAUGAAUUUUUCUUUUAUGAAAGCAGAAAGUUCUUCCGUUGGCUUAAUUUACAGCCAUGCUUUUUCUCCAUUAUUGCUAUUUUUACUAUUUUGAAGUUCGAGAAAAAGGUAGUUUUAAUUUCCCACCUUUCCUUCCUGCAUCAAAUAUGGAUCCUCCAAAUAUGCUUGUCAAAUAGCUUCAAGACCCAAUACAUGGACAAUUUAGUUGCGCAUAGAUAUGAUUGUCCGGCUACGCACAUUAGCCACUUGAUUCUGGUCCAUGACUGGUGUUGAAUGGUGAAUAUGAGCUCUUGCAAGUAAUUUGCCCACGUUGCAUGCUGUGCAUCAAGCUUCUUCUGGUUAUUAAUGUGCUUUAAUGUGUCAUGAUCAGAGAAUAUGAUAAACUCUUGGUACACUAGUUAAUGUCACUAAUGUCUUGGGGCUCACAUGACUGCAUAGAAUUCAAGUCAUAUGUGGAAUACUUCAUUCACUUAAUUGAGUUUUCCACUACAGAAAGCAACAUGCCUCCUUUCUUGACUAAGCACUAAACCAAUCCCUACAUGAGAAGCAUCACAUUGUACCUGGGAAACCUUGUUGGAAUCUGGUAAUGCAAGCAUGAGCGCAUGUAUCAUCCUUUCUUUAAUGGCGUCAAAAUAUUUAUUUGCAACUGGGGUCCACAAGAAAGCGGGACCUUUCAAACACUCAGUGAUUUGGGCCAUGAUAAUGUUGAAGGUUCCAAUGAACCGCCUCUAGAAAGUAGCAAGUCCAUGGAACUAUGUACCUCUAAAACUGAUUUUUGGAACCAGCAAUUCUACUAUGGCAUGCACCUCUCAGGGUCUACCUUCGCCCCAUCAAAAGACACAAUAUAGCCAAAAAACAGUACAUUAGUGCUCAAGAAGUUACACCUCUUAAGAUUGAUUUAUAACUUCUCGGCCAUUAGCACUAUUACUAUUUGGCACAAAAGGUCGCAAUGGACAUCAGCAUUUCACUAUAAACAAAUGUAUCAUUGAAAUAAACCACGGCAAUCUUACCUAUGAAAUGUUGUAAUAUGUAUGUCAUCAUGGGUAUGAGCGUGCUAGGUGCAUUAGACAGGCCAAAAGGUGUAACCAACCACGUAUACAAACCACUUUGUGUUGAAAGCAAUCUUCCACUCAUCUCCUUUGUGUAUACAAAUUUGAUGGUGGCCACUUCUCUAGUUAAUCUUCGAAAAUAAGCAGCUCUAGCCAGCAUGUCAAGCACAUCAUUCAACCGUGGAAUAAGGAAUCAAUAUUUGAAUGUGAUCUUGUUGAUAGCCUUCCUUUCUACACACAUUCUCCAUGAUCCAUCUCUUGUGGGUUAGCAAGGUUGGUAAAACACAUGGACGCAUGCUAACCCUUAUGAACCCCUUUGCUAAUAACUCAUCUAAAAGGUGGACUAUGUGAUCGGGCGAGGCAAUGCCGAUUAAAAUUUUUCUAUUUUUUCUUUUAUAUAUAUAUUUUUGAAAAUGUUAACAUUGUAUUACUGAGGGAGUAAUAGUUACAAGAAGAGAUAGUUACAAGAAGGGAAAACCAAGGGCCCCCCUAGGGGGAGCCCUUGGUAAAAAAUGCGUCAGACAACCAUAUACAAAACUGGGGGCUUAUAAAAUUGCCCAUUUACAAUGACUUACAUUGGGUAACCAAAGAACAAGAGCAAAAAAUCAAGGAGUGCGCAAUCUUAAAUGCUAGGGGAGGUAGUGUUCCAUGUCAAAAAAGAUAGGAAGGGACUCGGCAUUGUCUUCAUCUCUAGUUCUUCCUCCCUCCUUUGCCAUCAGGUCCGCGAACUCGUUGGACGUCCUCCAGAUAUGCCUCCAAGAGACGUUCUCUAGAUAUGCCUCCAAGAGACGUUCUCCAGAUAUGCCUUCAAGAGACGUUCGUAUCCCUACAAAUUUGGAAAAUUUCAUAAAAAUUGGAUGUGAGUUGCCAUGGGGGAAGGGUCUUCCCGCUCGCCCAAGAGAUUGUAUUUUGGGAGUCGCCUUCGCCGAUGAGCCGUUCUUCCCAAGAUCGGUUAAACUUUUUCAGCCCUAUCAACAAGGCUAAAGCCUCUGCGAAUUGGGAAUCACCGUAGCCAAGGUGGUCGGAGUACGUAAGAAGUACUUUCCGAUGGCAGUCUCUAAAAACACCUCCAGCUCCACACGGGUCUGGAUUCGCAAUUGAGCAUCCAUCAAAAUUCAACUUCACACAGCCCACCGGUGGGGGCUGCCAGUUGUUGUGUCUAAUUGCCUUUCUAGGCUGGUGGUAGAGAAUGUUCUUCCAUUGACUUUGAAAAAGAUCCAUGGGAAGUCCCGCAAAGUUCUUGUGGUUGGAUGCCCAAAAGGGGACCACCACAGCAGUUAUCUUGUGGAAAAGAGUUGAGGUUGGUAGUUUGGUACAUCUAAAGAUUCUAUUAUUCCUUUCAGUCCUUAAGGUCCAAAUGGUGGCCGCGACGCUUGCUUUCCAUAUUGCUUUUCCAGCUUUUGGCCAAUUAGAGUCCACAUCAUAGGAGAUGAUGGCUCUGACCGAUGGUGGCAUACCCAUUGGAUGCCAAAGUGUUGAGGUACUUUGCCCCAAAGCUCGUGAGCAAAACAGCAGAGAAGGAAUAUAUGGGGGUUUGAUUCCUCUUCAGAGAGGCAAAGAGCACAUCUAUUAGGGAUGGGGAUCCCCCUUUUAGUAGUUGGUCCACUGUGAGUCCUCUGUUGGAAGUAGCUAACCAGUUCAAGGUUUGUACCCUAGGUGGUGCUA